AUGACUGACGCUGCGAGCGGCGGUGGUUGGAAAGAAAAAAGUAAUAAAUGCGUAAAGCGUGUCAAGGCCAAGCGACACUUAUCCAAAAUUCGUCCGUCCGUCCGUCCGUCCGUCUGUGAGAGUGAUGGCAAAGAAGACGACGGGCUAACGAGAGAAAUAGAAACUGCGGCUGGCGGUUUCGCUGAAGACUCAGCGACUGGAGAAGAAAAGAGGGCAGAGUCGGCCAACCGGCAGCUCCGCCUAAAGGUGGAACGACGGUGUCGGCAAGAACUUGUUUUGAAUGCGCCACAGUACGCCACCCUGGCAAGUGCAAGUCAUACUGUCGGACAAGUCGAUAAUCCGCCGUCCGACCGACCGCCGACCAACGUAAUUAAGUUCAUCAUUCGUCAGCACCGAACCACUGGAGAUACGAUCGUAAUUAAUCAGAAGCAGGUGUUGGGCAUGGCGUUUGACGGCCCACAGUUCAGAGCGGACAGGAAGGAGAAGGUAGGAUGA